AUGUCUUCAUUGGAGAAAGAUUAUGCGCUGUUGGGCAGAGCUUCAAUAGAAGAUUCUACGAAGAGCGAAAUAGAUGAUGGUAUAGAGCUAGAAGAAGUUCAUUUGCGCUCCAGGCGAUGGACACAGUCGCUACCUUUUCAAGCUUUACCAUGGAUUCUGACCUUGGUAUUCAUGAUCAUCUCUUUCGCUCAAUAUGAACUUAGGGACAAGCCAUGUCAAUCCGAAGAAUAUUCUCUACUUCGCCCAACCGAUUUCAAGUCCGCAUCAUCGGAAAUUGAGUUGGAAAUAGUGACAUUCACAGGAGCUCCAGUCUUUAUGGAAAAUGGCACAUUCCACGUACCAAAUCCAGGGAAGACAACAUAUACCGGCCCCCCUUCUCCCGAGAUUGACAGCGCAUGGGAAGAAAUUACAGCUGGCGAGUUUACUGCCCAGUUUAAACUCUAA